AUGAGGAACAAGUCAAGUCAGUCUUGUCAGGUCAGUCAAAGAGGUCUGUCUCUGUACGACGCCGGCCGUGUCCGUUUUCCCCUAACAUGUUUCGGCACUGGAACAAUGUCUCGAACUCCAUUUUCGCAUGUUCAAAAGUUGACCCGAAAGGGAGCGCAUUCCAAUCCACCCAACCAAACCAACCUAAUCCUUGGAGGGGAGGAGGACCCCAGCCACACGGAAUCCAGGGUUGACAAGGUUGCGGGCGUUGUGUUUAGGGGUUCUCUCGAUGACGCGCCGACCGGCCUUUUUUCUCUGUAUGGGAUUUUGUAUCUCACCUUACUCGAAUGCGGCGCUAUUUUCACUCUGUCUCCCCCGACUUCCGGACCACGUAGUCCGGCGCUCGGGAAGCCGUGGGUGAUGUGGUGGGAUCACUCGAAUCCCGAGACCUUUUUCUUUCCCUGGUACCUUUGUUUCUCACCUGGCUUCUGGGUUGUAUCUUUGUACCACGCACACUGUUUAUCGUUUUUUUUCCUUCUUGUCUUUCUGUCCGCCUCCCGAAGGGAAAGAUUGUUUAAUCUUGUUGAAUGGCAUUUUGCUGUCUCAUCUGACGAACGUGUGAUCGUCACCGAGUGCCAGCGAGGGAGGGGGGUUACUGUUACUCCCGGUCCGAACCGUGCGCGAGACUCGGAUCCGGUGUGGGGUGCGGGUCCGGUCCGGGGCUUACAGGACCGAUGCGGGACGGACGGAGUGGGGGCGGACUGCGGUGCCUCGAGACAACAACCGGACCCAAAAUUCUGGUCCAACGAGGACUAUUGCCCAGUAUCAUCGAACCGUUCUUCUCAGCCCAGCCUUGGAGGGGCUUCUUGCAGCCUAGGCAGCAGCAAACGAGAAGCAGGAUCCAGCGGGCAUCAGCAGCCGGCGAGAAUGCACGGCCGCACAGCCCUCCAUGGAAAGGAAAAACAAAAUGGUAGCGAGACAGGCGACGCGGCAACAACCAACGCGGUAACGCCAGCCGUUCGUGCGUUGCAGGCGACCCGGGUCCAUGAGCUCCAAUCCCGUCCCAUUCAACUUGUCGCUAGUCCUUUUGCCAAGGAUAUUGCCUUACCUCGCCGGCCAUGCUGCCAUUGCAUGGUGGAGGCGCACUCAGAGGAGUUGCUUUUCAACCCCCCGCCUAAGCAGGCUCUAGCCCGAAUCACACCUUCGUACAUGGACCGAAAUCUGUUUCUGGGCACUGACUGGGGUUCUCUUCCUUUCUACGGUAGUUUGAACCUGCGGUUGAGGCUGAGUGAUAUUGCGGCCUUGUCGAUGUAG